GGAUUGGAGAUGCAGAAAGAAAGGGCAGUUUCGAGGAAGUGACGGACGACGCUCAGCGGUCUGGUCAGAGGAAGUUUGUUCGUUGCUGGUGCCGUGCUGUUGAGGGAAACUUUUCACUCCCGUGAGCGCAAGCAGCAUCCGUAGAUCGGGACGGACGGAUUCUGCGGCGGAGGAAGCUUUUGUUUCCUCUCCACACUUAGCAGCAUUGAGGAAUAACUUGAGGUCGGGAGAAAGAGAGGAUCACACAGGAAUUUCUCUCCCACAACCAACCCCCCCUCCCCUUUUUCCUUCUCUUCCCCGCGCCUCCUUUGAUUUCUUUCUGGGAUCCGCGAUGGGAAAGGAGCAGGAGCUUCUUGAAGCGGCGCGCACGGGAAACCUGGCUGCUGUGGAGAAGCUUUUAUCCGGGAAGCGACAGUCCGCUGGCGGAUCGUCUGGGACCGGUGGAAGCGGCAACAGCGGUGGCCACGGCGCCUCCUCUCAUCCGCUCUCCAGUCUUCUCAGUAUCUGGAGAGGCCCCAAUGUGAACUGUGUGGACAGCACUGGAUACACCCCUCUUCACCACGCCGCCCUUAAUGGACACAGCGAAGUGGUGGAGGUGCUGCUAAGAAACGAGGCCUUGACCAACAUCGCGGACAACAAGGGCUGCUAUCCUCUCCAUCUGGCUGCGUGGAAAGGAGACGAGCAUAUCGUAAAACUUCUUAUUCACCAAGGCCCUUCACACCCCAAACUUAACGAGCAGAGCUCUGUAGACCAUAAAGAGUUCAAACGCUGUGGGCCCUUUGACCCCUAUAUUAAUGCCAAGAACAAUGACAACGAGACGCCGCUGCACUGUGCUGCCCAGUAUGGCCACUCUCGGGUGGUGCGGCUACUGCUCGAGGAACUCACUGAUCCCACCAUGAGGAAUAACAAGUUUGAGACUCCACUGGACUUGGCAGCACUGUACGGCCGCCUGGAGGUUGUCAAACUGCUGCUCAGUGCCCAUCCUAAUCUGCUCAGCUGCAACACCAAGAAACACACACCACUACAUCUGGCCUCUCGUAACGGACACCUACCCGUGGUGGAGGUGUUACUGGAUGCUGGCAUGGACAUCAACUAUGAGACAGAGAAAGGCAGUGCCCUCCAUGAAGCAGCUCUAUUUGGGAAGACGGAUGUGGUGCAGAAGCUUCUCAGUGCAGGUAUCGAUGUUAACAUCGUGGAACAGAAGGGCCUGACAGCGCUGGACAUUGUCAAGGAAAUGCCCUCUCAGAAAAGCAAACAGAUAGCUGCCCUGAUCCUUGGUCACAUGAUUGGAAAACACCCUGAUAUUGACCUUCCUCCUCCACCAGUGCCUCCACCACAGGAGAGCCCCAGCCCACGGAAAAAGGGUGAAUUGGAGAAGGUGAGUGAGCUAAUCUCGGGACUGGCCCCAGGGCCCGAGGAGGAGAGCCCAUAUGAAGCUCUGUUUGAGGCCACUUCUUGCCACUCUUUAGACAGCCUCACCAGUGGCAAGUCGUCUGACAGGGACUCAGGACGACCUGAUAGUGAAGCUGGAAAGAAAGAUCGCCUGGUUCCUUCAUCACAUCCUGGCCAUGGUAACGAAGAGGAGAUGAGCUCAGAGGCCAUGUAUACUAGCAGCAGCACAGAAGAGAAAAGGGAAUCAGUGGAAGAGGAGGAUCACACGUAUGAAUUGUUGCUGACUGCACAGACCAAAAUCCCGCCACCAUCUAGCCAGGAGUCCCAAUCCCAUAAAGAUGAGAAUACCACUAUACUGUCUUCCAACAGUGUCCUACCUCAGCAUAAACCCUCUGCCCCAAACGACCUCAGAGCCCCAAGUAAGACGAAAGACACCCUGCACCCUCCAGGACGAGCGGGCCGAGGGGCACCAGGAGAUAUCUCUCAGCUCAGCCAGGAUCAGGAAGCAGGUGUACCAGAGCAGUUCACCGGCCUCCUGCACGGAUCUUCUCCCGUCUUUGAGUGCUGUGAGGAGCCCUUCCGGCUUCCAGGUGUUCUGCCACCCACCCAAGGCCAGCCAGAAUCAAAAAAGAGGGCCAAAGCAAAAGAAGGAGUUACAGCAGCUGCACCGGCACCUAGCCGUCCUAGCAUGGCCGCCAUCCUGACAGACUGUGAUCCAAAAGCAAUUUAUGCUACUGUGAACAAGGAGCCUAGGGACUUGGCGGCUGGUGCUGUAUCUGCCGUCAAGAUGCGCCCUCCUGGGGACCUGAAGCUGGCCCGCAGCCUGUCCAAGUCUGACUCAGACUUGCUCGUGUCACCUCCUAAUGAGGAGGAAGGAGGAUUGGGAAACCGUAGCGAGUCUGUUUCUAACUGUAGCACGGCUAAGAAGAGACUUGAGAAAUCUCCCUCUUUCACCUCAGAAUGGGAUGAGCAGACAUCGACGACUUCUGCCACACCAAAACAAAGAAGAUCUAAUUCCUCUGACAGCAUCGAGAAGAUGAUGACUAUGAUUGGUGCAGGCAUCGAUUUUUCCAGAGAUCAGCAAUAUGCUACACCAGCAGGUGCUGCAGGCCGGCUGCUGGACCAGCCCGUAGGAGACUGGCUGGAGCAUGUGGGUCUGCCGCAGUACGAGAGCAAACUACUCCUGAAUGGGUUUGACGACCUUCACUACAUGGGGAGUAAUGUAAUGGAGGACCAGGACUUGAGAGAAAUUGGAAUCGCAGACCCGAGCCACAGAAAGAAGAUCCUGCAUGCAGCGCGUUCCUUUCCAAAGGUGAAAGCCCUGGGCUGUGACGGCAGCAACUCCCUGGCCUCAUGGCUGGAGAAUCUGGGCCUGCAUGAGUACUUGCAAAACUUCCUGUCCAGCGGCUACCACACUCUGGACUGCGUCAGAAACCUGUGGGAGCUGGAGAUUGUCAAUGUGCUAAAGAUUACCCUGCUUGGGCACAGGAAACGCAUCAUCGCUUCCUUAGCGGAGAGGCCUUAUGAAGAGCCUCCUGUCAAACCUCCUCGUUUGUCUCAGAUCAGGUGCCAGGACCUGCCUGGAUCCCAGACCUCGUCUCCCCUGAGUCAGAUGGAGCCCUACACAGGACGCUCAAUGGACCCUCUGCUGCCUGUAGGCGAGCCAGGGAGGAAGAAAGCACCAGACAACGACUAUGAUGUUACGCAAAGAUACUGCAGUGAACGACACAGGCCUCCUGAGCGGCAUGAAGAGUGGCAACGAGAGCCCCGCCUGACCCUGCGGCCGCCUAGUCUAGCGGCACCAUACGCCCCGGUUCAGAACUGGCAUCACCAACCGGAGAAACUCAUCUUUGAAUCCUGCGCUUAUGAAGCCAAUUACCUUGGUUCCAUGCUUAUUAAAGAUCUAAGGGGUACUGAGUCCACGCAGGAUGCUUGUGCCAAAAUGCGGAGGUCAACAGAGCAAAUGAGAAAAGUCCCAACUAUCGUCCUUUCAAUCACAUACAAGGGUGUGAAGUUUAUUGAUGCAGCCAACAAGAAUAUCAUUGCAGAGCACGAGAUCCGUAACAUUUCUUGUGCAGCCCAGGACCCAGAGGACUUGUGCACAUUUGCCUACAUCACUAAGGACCUGAAGACCAGCCAUCAUUACUGCCAUGUCUUCAGCACAGUAGAUGUGAACCUAACCUAUGAGAUUAUACUGACACUGGGCCAGGCGUUUGAGGUAGCUUAUCAGCUGGCUCUGCAGGCCCAGAGGAGCAAACCGCACCAGAGUGUCCCAUCUGGAUCUGGAUCAGAGGUCAUUGAGACCAAGUCCAGCAAACCUGUGCCCAAACCACGAGGCAGCAUACGUAAAACAGCGGGUGACGUUGUGGACCAAGAAGGGGAUUCCCAGUCCCAAGGUAGUGCCACAUGGCUCAUGGACCCCAAGGAAUCCAAGCGCACUAUCAGCACUAAGUACGAGACCACCAUUUUCUGAGUGGACCCCUCUUCCUCCUGGGCCUGGUCUCACCCUUCUUCCUUCCCCUCCUUCUGUGUGCCUUUCACGGUGAUGCUGCCUCUUUCUCUGCGCUGGACCUCUGCUCCUCCCCUCAUCAUCACUCCUUUGACAACACCACAGUCUGUGACGAUUGACCAGCUGUUGCCCCUUCCUUAUGUUCAACUGCCAGCACCUUUACACUUUUUAUUGAUUAUUAAUGCAACCUUUCCACCUUUCCCAGUCUUCUAGCUCUCACAUUAUGAGCCUGCCACUCACUGUCACUGUUAUUCUCCUCCCUGUUUACCUUGUUUGCUUCCUCCAACUCUGUGUACAAUGCUUCCUUUUUCUUUUUUUCCCCAACUGUCAACAUCCGACUCUUAACUCUUGGUGAUCUUUCUUUUCUUGGUGCUUUUCCUGCUUUAUUAGGCGGCGGCCGCUCUGAGGCUUUUCACUCUGACCUUUCAACUCCUGACUUCUCCCAGUGCUGAGAAAUCCGAUUUUACCACAGCCAAGAGUGACCCCACUGCACACAUCCUGUACCUGGAUGGACAUGUUUCCUGAGAAAACUGUGAAACUGAUCCUGUAAUUCUAUGCAUCAGUCAGACUGUAGCAGAUCGUUUACGUCCAGUGGGAUUCAGGUGUUAUAGAGGUUAAACAGGAUUAAUUAAGAGCAAGGCUUUGUUUACUUUUCUAUUUUACUUUUUUUUUUUUUUUUUGAAUUUUUAAAACUGUCAGCUGCCUGCUUGAAGCCAAAAGAGGCCAUGAUCCUAGCACUGUGAUUCCUAGAGGGGAACGGGGGGACAGAAUAGGGCACAGAGGCAGGCAUGGACUUGCAUGUUACUGCUCCAGAAAUGAGUCCAAACUAACUUAAAACUGGCAUGCUCUCCUCUAUCAAUCAGGAUUUAAACCUGAUGCUUCUUCUGGAGUGAACUAAGUACAACUAAGCACUUUUACGAAAUCCCCCACGUAUGAAAGAAUAAGUGCGUUUUCCUCUGUCUGUCUCUUUUUCUUCUUUUCACAACAAAUGCCUUCAGUGUUCAUCCUGUCAGCAUUGCCUUUUAUUUUGCCAGUGUCACCGGAUUAAUGUUUCACAGAUGCUUGGUGAAAAGAGUAAAUCAUUACGGGGGGGUGUAAUCCAUCACCCUCGUACUGUUUGCGUCCAUCAGUUUUACUUUAUUUUAACUUCGCUGCUUUGUGUGCGUGUGUCUGUGUCCCUUCCCUGUAGCUGACACUGUGGCCACUUCCAGUCAGUGAGAAAGGACAGGAAUGAGCCCUGUUGCAUGGUGGGUAGGAUGUUUUGUUGGAUCGGUAACCCACUUCUCACGCAGCAGAUCACAUCAGCGGUCGGACUGUGCCCACAGUUACACAUGGGCCUGGAGAAUAAGACAGAUGUAAAGCUUUCGGCAACACAACACGCUCCCUCGGUUCAUCCGGCUUCUCCAACUUCAUCACCCCGCGCACUCACCCGCCUCCAUUUAGCUUCUUGUCAGUUAGAAAGUGAUGCUUGUUUCAGGCGACAUGAGCGACAGAUGUAUUUGUUAUGCUCAGUGCAUUUUCUCAGAAAUGAAUCAUCACAUCCCUCACUGACAGUUAGUGUUUACCAUUUCAGGAAAUGUACCUGCCGUUUUCAAAGCAGAACUUGUGGUUAAAGGGGAAGUUGCUGCGGAGAUGAGGAACAUUAAUGUUUUAUUAUGAUGCAAACUGUCAGACAAGAGACCUCACACAGUAGGUACACACUUCUUCCUGGGUUGUUUGUACUGUAUCCAAACAUUUUAGCCUCUUUCAUCACCAUCAGCUUGCUUACAUGUGUAACUGGGAUAAACAAUGUAAUCUUGCAUGGGAGGAGCUCUCUAACCAAACUCAAGGGGCAAAGAAACUGACACUAAAAGACUGAUUUAUAAUGAAAUAACAGGGGAUGGAGUCUAUUUUAUGGGGGGGGUUUUUGUGGGUGUUAACCGUUUUAUAGGACUAUGAUUUGUCCUAAUGCUGGAACUGGAUCAGGUGUGGUUCACUGCAUUUUUUUUUCCCUCUCCUUCCCUGCUCCUUUGUUCAGUUAAUCUUGACAAGAUUAUUCACCAAACCUGCCAUGCAGGCUGGUACGACUCUAGAUUAUAGCUGCAGAAAAGAAGAAUAGGGCACAGCAUGUUUCUCUAGCUAACUCCUAAUAUGUUGACUGUUAAUGGUACUGUUUGGUCCACCAAUGUGUAUAUGGGUGCAUAGUCAGGUCAUUUUGAUUUAACUGUUGUAUAUGUGAUACUUUUGUCCGGCCAGUACGAUAACUCUAUGGUACACUGUCCUCAGCUCGCUGGUGUCAGCACCUUUAGCCAUCAGCCUGGUCCUGUUCUGCUUUUGCACAUUGCUGAGGAUCAGGAAAGAUAUUUUGGGACUAAUCUGAUGACAACAAUGAUGAGAAUGAUAUUGUACAUGAAUCUAGCGGUCUGUAUUUUGAUACUUGAAUGAUUUUUGAUUUUAUAGAUAUCUAUAUAUAUAUAUAUAUAUAUAUGUAUAUGUAUGUACGUAUGUAAUUUUUGACAUUUGUCAAAAAAAAGAAAAGGACUAUGUCUUAUAAAGUUAAACAUAUCGUGAAUAAAUACCCUGUGAUUAAAAAACAAAAAAAAAAAAAAAGGCUAAGAAAAUGACUCACAAGAGGAACCUCACUUCAGAGAAAAUGACUGUAAAUAAUCUUGGGCUUCCAGUCUUUUUUUAUGAUUAUUUUUCAUAAUUGUACAACUAAUAAAUGGUGCCGUUAGAA